AUGCUCCUGGGCCGGUUUUCUACUGGACUGGGAAUUGGACGGCGAUGCUUCACUGCUAAACCGCAGGAACUGCUAUAUCACACGAGUUGGAUUGCUACCAGAAACACGCUGAGAGUUCCCCAAACACCGCGCAGGAUGGCGUCCAGCGGAGACAGCACUGAGAUCGGGACGAUAACACACCCGCCGAAGCAUGGACAGCUUAUAAAACACGAAUCAAAGCUGUACAAAACGAUACAGGAAGGCCUGGCCUAUAUACUGGUUGACCAAAAGGAUGCUGAGCCAGCCAAACCUCCUCCGUCGACCAAGAACCAGAAGACGACUGAGAGUGACCGGCCGUCCGUCUUCUAUAAUCCGAUACAGCAGUUUAACCGGGAUCUGAGUGUGCUUGCGAUACGUGCGUACGGAGAGCAUGCCACGGCUGUGAAGGAGAAGAAACGCAAGCUUAAGGCCAAGGGACGAAAGAAUACGGCGAAAAAGAAGGGGGCCGGAGAAGGGGACGGGGCAGGGAAGCUGCUGGAGAAUGAUGCGGCCUUGACGAAGGCCUCUGCCGGCUACCAAGCUGGUGCAGACGAGCAGGAAACAAACCUGAACAAGAGAAAGCGGGAGGAAGGCGAUCCAGACGAGGAUCGUGUGCCGGAUGAUGCUCCUCUGAAGAAGACAUGCACUGGUGAUGGAGUAGGCGCCGCAGCGACUACUGAAGAAAUCACUCCGCUGAAUGAACCUGGCGAUGGGGCCGGGCACAAUGCCACCGAAAAGGCGGCUUUGAAUACAGCCCGUAAGCCCUGGACACCUUCGUUUGCUAUAUUGGAUGCACUGUCUGCGUCUGGGCUUCGAGCACUUCGCUAUGCAAAGGAGAUCCCGUUCGCAACCCGCGUUGUAGGCAACGAUCUCUCCGCAGCCGCUAUCGAGUCCAUGAAGCUCAAUAUCCAACACAACGGUCUGGAAGAGGUGGUUCGCCCGAAUAAAGGGGAUGCCUGCGCCUACAUGUACACCGUUGGCCGGGCUCAAGGCUCCGCUAAUGAACCUGGCGGCAUCCCGAAGUUCGAUGUGGUCGACUUGGAUCCUUAUGGCACGGCGGCACCAUUCCUAGACGCGGCCGUUCAAUCCGUUACCGAUGGCGGUUUGCUAUGCGUUACCUGUACUGAUGCUGGAGUCUUUGCCGGUGCUGGAUACCCGGAGAAAACAUUCGCUCUCUACGGCGGCCUCCCCAUCCGCGGGCUGCACUCUCAUGAGGGUGGGCUGCGUCUGAUUCUACAUGCUAUAUCAACUACGGCUGCAAAAUACGGUCUGGCUAUUGAACCCAUGCUUUCCCUGUCAAUCGAUUUUUACGCAAGAGUCUUCGUCCGUAUCCACAAGUCUCCUUCGGAAGUCAAGUUCACCGCGAGCAAGACCAUGGUCUCUUUCAAUUGUGAUCAUGGCUGUGGCUCGUGGAAAACUCAGCGCCUGGCAGAGAAGAAGCAGCAGGUAGGGAAAGAUGGAUCUCCGUUUUAUAGCUAUAAGCUUGCUCAGGGCCCAACUGCUUCCCCAAACUGUGAAUAUUGUGGCUUCAAGACACAUCUUGCCGGACCUAUGUGGGCUGGGCCUCUACAUAACCCUCACUUCAUCCAGCGUAUCCUUGACCUAACUGCGGGCGCCGAUAUACAGACAUACCAGACAUGCUCUCGUAUAGAGGGUAUGCUCACCACCGCUCUCGAGGAGGACUUGGAUCUGGGAGGAAGCUCAAAGCAGCCCACUCCGGAAUUAGAACCAGCACGACUGGUUAAUCAAAAUAGAGAUGGGUCUCUCCUCAUCCCCAGAGUUGACCCUGCGCUCGUUGAACCAUACCCUUUUUUCUUUGUGGUUAGCAAUCUUUCUCAUGUUAUGCGUACUUCGACAAUGCCAGAGGAUCAACUUCGCGGUGCUUUACAGCAUCUUGGAUAUAGGUCUACUCGAAGCCAUGCCAAACCGAAUUCAAUACGAACCGACGCUCCCUGGGAAGUGAUAUGGGAGAUAAUGCGAGAAUGGGUUCGUCUCAAAUCUCCUGUCAAAGCAGGGGCCCUAUCGGAUGGAACGGCCGGUGCUGGUAUCCUAAGACGGAGCCGGCACACGCUCAACCCUGUGCCGGGAGAAGGGGCUGGGCUAAAAGCGUUAAAGCGAGAUAUACUUACCGCUGUUGAUUCAGGGAAGAGUAUUGCGGAUGUCACAAUGAUGCUCGAGGCUGCACUGUAUCGCUCAAGGGUACACCAAUCAAUAGAAACUGCCGAAAAUAAUGGCGCAGAAGACAAGGAGAAAGGCCAAGGAAAUAACAGUAAUGGGGCGACGGCACGUUCACCCUCGCCUCGACCCGACCCUAGCACACUCAAUAUCGUCUUUGACGCAGCAUUGGGCAAAAAGGCGAUGGAUUCACAUCGCAAGAAACGCUUGACGAGAUAUCAAACAAAUCCAAGGCCAAACUGGGGGCCAAUUGCGCGAGCUCCGGUUAGCAGUGUUGCCAAAGAUUCCACUUGA